AUGGCAAUUGCCAGCAGCCUUGGCCUCAAAGACCUCGCGACCUGUGCGCGUGUGAGUCAGGAUUGGAACGACUCUUUCACGCCUCCACUCUACAACUCUGUCGUCUUGUCGAAACAUGGCCUCAGCAUGGAAUCUGUUGAGAGAAACAAGCACCUUAUACAAAGCCUGAAGAUUCGGAGCUUUACCUAUGGAAGACUAUCAUCGACAUCUGCCAGAGACAAAGUAGUUUUUAGUGUCAUGGCUUACUCGACUCUGACCACUUUGGACUUGAGGUACAACUCGAUCGGAGACAACGGAGCUCAGGCGCUGUCUGAGGCACUCAUGAUGAACUCGACCCUGACCACUUUGGACUUGGGGGCCACCUCGAUCGGAGACAACGGAGCUCAGGCACUGUCUGAGGCACUCAAGGUCAACUCGACUCUGACCACUUUGCACUUGAACGACAACGUGAUCGGAGACUACGGAGCUCAGGCACUGUCUGAAGCACUCAAGGUCAACUCGACACUGACCACUUUGGACUUGAGGUACAACUUGAUCGAAGACAACGGGGCUCAGGCACUGUCUAAGACACUCAUGAUGAACUCGAAUCUGACCACUUUGCACUUGGACGACAACGUGAUCGGAGACAACGGAGCUCAGGCACUGUCUGAAGCACUCAAGGUCAACUCGACCCUGACCACUUUGGACUUGAGGUACAACUCGAUCGGAGACAACGGAGCUCAGGCGCUGUCUGAGGCACUCAUGAUGAACUCGACCCUGACCACUUUGGACUUGGGGGCCACCUCGAUCGGAGACAACGGAGCUCAGGCACUGUCUGAGGCACUCAAGGCCAACUCGACCCUGACCACUUUGGACUUGAGGCACAACUCGAUCGGAGACAACGGAGCCCAGGCGCUGUCUGAGGCACUCAUGAUGAACUCGACUGUGACCAUUACUGGCGUCAUAUUUUAG